UAUAUUAUUUUAAAUUGAGUAUCUGACAUCAAAACCACUAAAAAUUACAAAGUGUCCAAACAAUAGUUAUCCAAUUAAAUAUGUAUUUAUAUGAGUUGUAAAAAAGUAAUUAUUUAUUAUAUUUAUCGCUAAAAAAUAUACCUACCAUUAUAGAGUUCAUAAUCAUAGUAUUUAGUAACAUAAUUUAUAAGUUAUGAGUGGUAUGACGAUACGCGUUGAUUUCGUUCUUGGAUAGUUUGAAUUUAUAUAUUUUGCGGUGGACAUUAGGUAAUACGUUUUGAAUCGUUAGGUUAAUCUAACGUAGAUUGUUUAAACGAAAAUUGUAUACGGCCGUUGCAUUCAAAUACAUGAGCGACGUUACUUCAACAAUCCUCAAAUUUAAGGACGACAAUAUGGAGUUCAAGACACGAGUGAAAAACGAAAGCGAUAUGGAUGCGUGGGAAUUAUCUGAAGCAUACAAUGAUUAUAUUGGAUUUAUAGUAGCCAUGAACAAAUCUGUGUAUGCCAUACCAUUGAACAAAACUUUGACGCUGUCUAAUGCAAUUUCCCAGUUAUUAAAUGUAUUAAAUACAAUUGAUGAUUGGAUUACAGAAGUAGAACCAUUGAAAGAAAGCUGUAGGUUUGGAAAUAAAGCGUUUUCUACAUUUUACAAUUUGUUAAAAACGAGAUUGCCCGAAGUAUUGUCUAAAGAAUUGUCAUCAGUUGACCAACAAGACGUUAUUGAACUUACCACUUAUAUUGUUGAUAGCUUUGGUAAUCCAACUCGUAUCGAUUAUGGCACUGGACACGAAAUGUCAUUUUGUAUGUUCUUGUGUGGUUUAUAUAAAGUAGACAUAUUGAAACAAAGUGACAGUAAAGCUACUGUCAAUGUGCUAUUUUCAAGAUAUUUAGAAAUAGUUCGUAGAUGCCAACUUAGGUAUCAAAUGGAACCAGCUGGAAGCCAUGGUGCUUGGAGUUUAGAUGAUUACCAGUUUGUACCUUUUAUUUGGGGUAGCGCACAAUUAAUUGAAAACCCAGAUUUAAAUCCAAAUUUGUUUGUUGACGAAAAAUGUGUACAACAGUUCAAAUCAAAGUAUAUGUUCCUUGGGUGUAUUGACUUUAUAAUGCAAGUAAAAAAAGGAUUAUUUCAUGAGCAUUCUAAUCAGCUUUGGAAUAUAAGCGGUGUUCAAAGUUGGAAUAAAAUUAAUGAAGGUUUAAUUAAAAUGUACAAAAAAGAGGUGCUUGGAAAAUUUCCAAUUAUUCAACAUGUACCUUUUGGAAAUUUAUUUAAAUUUCAACAAUGUAUAAAGCAAAAACCCUUUGCUACACCACCAGCGAUGAAAACUUCUACAAUGUCGUUGUUGGAAAAACUAAAGAAAACCAACCAGUCAUAGUAAAUAAGUAAAUUGUAAAAUUUGUCAAACUUAUAUGAAUUUAAUUAUAUUUUAUGUAAACUAAU